AUGCAUUUACACGAUAAAAUUUUCCAGUGGUUAGGGCAUAUUAAACUCUCUCGAGUCAUAUUAAUGGUGUCUGUGAUAUUAUUCCUAGUUCCUCUAGUUACUCAUUAUUAUUUAUCUAAGUAUGAAUCAUCUUCAACGCUAGGAUUAAAUGCAAUGCAUAAUUUAGAUUCAUUAGCUGAUAUAUCAACUGUAAACGCAGAUGACUUAAAACUUAGGAUAAAAGAAAUGUUAAGAAUCAAGGCGUCAGUGUCCACAGAACUUCGUGAAUUAGAGGAAAGACGGGGGCGUCUACAGAAAGAAGCAGCAUUAGCGAGCGCAAAAGCUGAUAGUGUAAAGGCUGAAUAUGCUAGAGCAUCAGCGGAAUUGCAGCGCUUGAGAGUGUCAGCCGAUCAAGCCAGGCUAGCACAGCUCGAAGCCAUUCGUCGGGACUCCCCAGAAUUGGCCCCACCAGAUCAAAUAUUACCUUCUCGCCCCCCUCCAUCCUUCCCCCCUUAA